AUGGGAGAAACUUCUUUUGGAAUCUAUUUAUAUCAUUGCCAUCCGAUAGUCACUGGAGAAAUGCGCUUAAUUGAUGUCAGAAAAUACAAAAAGAAUCCAUUUUGGCCAUGUUUAAAUGUAACUUUCGGUAUUUGGAUUAGAUCAAUGAUUGUUCAUAUGCUGAACCAAUUAAUUCUUAAUUUUUGUGUGUUCAACGCGAAAUGGUAUCAAUUUGUCAUGAAUUUUCUUGAUAAAAUUUUCAGCCUUCCAGAAGAACGGCCAACAGCACCACCAAAUGAUAAAGAUAAUGAAGAAAAUCUUCCUGACCAAAAUAUUCUUGCAGAUUGUAAAUUUGAAAAAGUUAAAAUUAAUAUCGACGACUUAGAAUGA